AUGGAAGAUCAACAAAAACAUGAUUAAAUUGAAAGUAAAAGAUCCAGUAGUUUAUAAACUAUAGAAAUCCAAACAAAGAAGUAAAAAUCUGCUUUUGAAGUAAAUUUAAAAUAAUCUUUUAGUAAAUCGUUGAAAUUUGCUUAAAACCAGUUAUAUUUCGUAAUUCAAAAGAAACAACUUUAUUGAUUGAUUCUCUUAGAAAUAUUAAGUUUUUUCAAGAGUAGUUUAGUGAUCAUUAUGAAGAAAUGUUAGAAGAUGUAGCUGAAAAUGCAAGAUUGCAUAUUUAUAGCAAAAAUGAAAUUAUCAUUAAAUAAGACACUUAUGGUGAUACCUUCUAUAUUAUAAUCAAAGGAGAAGUAAAAGUUCUAAAAAGAGUGAUAACUGUAAUAGGAACAUAUACAACAAAAAAAGGGAAAAAGAAAGAUAAGUUUCAUGAAGAAUUAAAAGAAAUAACAACAUUAAAAGAUGGAUAAUAUUUUGGUGAAUUAGCAUUAUUAGUAUUUUAUUAUAAUAUUAAAGGAAAGAAAACCAAGAGGAGCAGAUAUUGUAGCAAUAACUGAUUGUUUUAUUUUAGAAUUAGACAAAGAUUCAUUUGACAGAAUAAUGUCUACUAAAGCUUAAAGAUAAUUCUUACAUUUACUUGAAACUUUAAGUUUUAAUGUCAUGUUGAAAGAUUUAUCAAAAAAUGCUAUUAAAGCUUUAUUUAUGAUUAUGGAAAGAAAAGUAUAUAAUUAUGGAGAUGUUAUUUAUAAAUAAGGAGAUAAAGGAGAUAGUUUAUAUUUUAUAAUUGAAGGAGAAUUUAAGAUGGUUACAAAUGUAAAGAAAGAAUUUAUAAAGAAUGGAAGUGAUGAAGUAUUUUAUUUUGAAAGAGAAGCAGAAAUAUGUAUAUUAGGAAAAAAUGAAUCAAUUGGAUUAGAAGAAUUUUUAGAUUAAGAAAAGAGAAUAUGGAAAGCUAUUUGUUAAAGUUAAGAGGGUGUUUUAUAUAAAUUAAAUAGAAUAGAUUAUAAAAGAAUUGAAUAAAGAUAUCCAGAUAUUGUUAAUGCAAUCUAAAAAGUAAGAGAUGAAAAAAGAGUUUAUUAUAAUAAAUGGAAAUUAAAACAUGCAUAUCCUUUAGAAGCUGGUUUAGAAAAUUAAUCAUAAGAAUAAUUGGAUUUAAAAUUUGAUUAUAAGAAUUAUGUUGAAAAAACAAAAAAUCUAAAACAAAUAAUUAUGAAAGAUAAGGAAAUGUCUUUUAUUUCUAGAGAUUAAAUAACAAUCAAUGAUGAUAUGGAAAUUAUGUUAAGAUAUUGUCCUUAUUUUUAAUUAGAGGUAUAUAAUCUAUCAUGAUUAAGGAUAAAAAAGCAUCUCCAUUUUUGGUUAAUACUCCAGAAACAAUUUAAAUUAGAAGAGUUAAAAGUGCUAAUUAUAGACCUAUCAGUACUUAAUAUUAAAUAAAUAAUGAUAAAUCAUAUGAAAAAACUUUCAAAGGAAAAUCAAGAAAUUAAUCAAAACAUGAUAAAAUAAUUGCUGAAACUUAACCAACUAUAACAAUAAAUUAAUAAACUACUACUUAACCUGAAGAUUAUAAAUAAAAAUCCAUUUUAAUAUCUCCUAAAAUUAUUUAAUCAACUUAAAAUCUUUUUUCACCUUUAAUUGAUGAAAAAAGAAAAUCAAUUUAAAAAAAUAAAUUUAAUAAUUAAAAUGAUCUAAUGCAAAGUAAAAUAACUACAUUUAUGAAACUAACACCAUAAAAAAUAGAAGAAAUGGCUAUUUAAUAAAGAUUAAACAAAGAAAUAUUUUAAUAAAAAAAACUUUAUAUUAAUCAAUAUCCUUUUAGAACUCCAAAACAAAUGUUAAAUCGUAUUAAAUCUGCCAUUAAAUUUUAAUCUCCUAUUUCUAUUAAAAGUUAUCGAUAAUCAUAAUAAGGAUAAGUACACAAAGGAACUGCUACAGUUAUCAAAUCUUUAAGUCCAUAAGAUUAAAGUUCUUUUGGAGAUGGUACUAGAAUUCAUUCAAUUAAAAAUUCAAAUCAAUUUAAUAUUGAUUUUUCUGCUUUACCUCUUAAAUAUUCAGCCAGUUUUAUUUCUUCUUAAUAUCAAAAAAGAAAAAAGUCAACACUAGGAAAUAGUUUAAAAUUUAGAUAAAAUUCUAACUUUUAAUCUAUUGUUACUAAUCUUUGA